CACAAAUGUGAUGGUACUUUGAGAAGCUGAGGGGGUUUGAGGUUAUGUAACAACCCUCUGAGAGGAAACCUAGUAAUGUUGCAUUACUAAUCAUCAUACACUACCCACCAGCUACAUUAUCAAAUCAAUUCAUCAGUAAUGUAUAGCUGCUACUAAAAAUAAAGGAGAGCAGGGAUUAUCUAAGAGAAAAGUAGUGAUUGGCUUGUUGUACCACACCAGAACUUUCUUGACUGCAAGCGGAUGAAAGCAACCGUAGAUAUCAGUCUAUCAACUGCCUUUUAGAGCAAGUGGAUUGAUUGUUCCUUGUGUAGUGUGUUUUUCGAUCAUCUUUGGAUCAUGUGGUGUGGAAAUAGUUACUACUCUCACUCAGAGUUGGACCAACCAAUGUGUAUAUCAUUACAGCAGAAUCCGGCAAUGUCUCAGGUGUAUUCUCCAGGUGCAGAAGACUAUCAUUCAGACCCUAAUUAUUCAUCACCUAAACCUCCAGGCAUGUAUCCAGAAUAUUUCAUGGAAGGCUCCCACUCGCAGGGCCACUCCCAGGGCCACCCCCAGGGCCACUCCCACAGUAGUACAAAUCCAUGGAGCAGCAAUGGCAUGGCGCCGACGUCCACUAGCUUCCAUUCCUUACAUAACUCCAGUUCAUAUUCUCAGGCAGGGGAAUACCCUACACAUGAACCUAUGUAUCAGAGUAGCAGCGGCGGUAUGUCGGCAGGUCAGGACCCUCAUAGUCUUCCUCCCAUGACGAAUUUCAGGCCAGGUACCACAAACACUGCCCCAUACACCUCAUCACCGCCCCUCAAUGGCACAGAAACAGUCAUGUCGAGUAGUAGAGGGAACGGCACAAAUAACUCAUCAGGUUCCAGCUCACAUACAGGAGCUGCACUUGGCAAAGCCCUAGCAUCUAUUUAUUCAGCAGAUCACCCUAAUAGCAGUUUUCCCUCCAAUCCUUCAACGCCUGUUGGUUCUCCACCUCCUAUGCCAGCAUGGCAACAACGGCAAGCAGAUCCUCAGACAUCACCGGGUCCCUACAGCCAGAGUCAUUUACAUUCAUUGACACGUUCCAAUUCUUUGGAUUCAAGGCAAUCAGAACCGAUAAUUCAGAACUUGUAUGGUGGGCCUAAGCAGAUUGGCAAGCAAACUCGCAUGGAGGAGAGGUUAGAUGAUGCAAUCAACGUGUUACAAAAGCAUGCCCAGAGCUCGGUGGAUUUGGGUCUACCGGUAGGACCAAUGGGUACUAGUGGGGGUCUCAUGCCUGGUGCCGCGCCUCAUUCUGGUUCAGGACCAAUGGGGGCUAACAUCUCAUCGUACACAGGACAGUACCUAGACUCACACAUGCCUGGUGGUCCACAGUCAUUAUCGGAGAGGGGAGGCAUGCUAUCACAAGACCUCAAUUCUGGACAACCAUAUGGAGUGCAUGCAGAGAUGAUGGGGAGUGGACUAGACAACGGCCUCAAAUCACCUACUAAUACCAACACCAAGAAGAAGACCAAACCAGAAGAGAGCAAGACGAAAGGAGGUGGAGGAGGAGGAGGAGGUGGUGGCGGCGGUGGAGGAGGAUUGAUGCUGGAUAAUGAGAGAGAAGACGGAGGUCCACAGUCCACGAAGAAAGGAGAUGCUGCCAAUGCCAUGAAAAACAAAAAGAGGUUCAAGAACGACACAAGAAGUGGUGGUGGUGGCGGCGGCGGCGGCGGUGGUGGUGGUACCGCUAGUGCCGCGGGGCAGCUGCUCUCAAGCCUGGGCAAAAGUCUAUUGCUCCUCAAUCCUGGCUCACCAGAGAGUGAGUCAGACGACGAAGGGCUCUCACCGGAGCAGAAGGUGGUGAAGGAGAAAGAGCGUCGUCAUGCCAACAAUGCAAGGGAGCGCAUCCGCGUUCGGGACAUCAACGAAGCAUUCAAAGAACUGGGUAGGAUGUGCCAGUUACACCUCAAGCAGGAUAAGGCCCAAACCAAGCUCACCAUACUACAUUCAGCAGUCUCAGUCAUCACUACCUUGGAGCAUCAAGUUAGAGAACGUAACCUGAACCCCAAAGCAGCGUGCCUUAAGCGGCGAGAAGAAGAGAAAGUGGAAGAGAUGCCUAACAGAGGGUCUCUUGGAGGACCAGGUCCUGGUUCUGAUCCCUUGGUCUCACAGUCUGGACUAGCAGGCAAUAACCUCCAUGGUCGGGGAAUGCAGUCCUGUUUGGGGCAGUCAUCGGGUGCACCAGGAGGCUACGCCAACCAUCUUUAUGACAACUCCAUGUCCCAUGGCGCCCCUCAUCAGACCAAUCUGGGCUCUAUGGGAGGGGGACACAUGUCAGCCAUGGACCUCAACCCUUCCCCAUCGUCUAUGGGAGGUGGAGAUCACAUAUCCAAGAGCGGUCUCUCGCACCUAUCGCACUCGAAUGCCCAGCCGUUAGAGCCACUCACGCCGGAGGAUAAUGACAGUAUUGCUGUACAGUAACGGCCACUCACUCGUUUGUGAGUCUGCCGCUACAGACCCCGCUUGACCGCCAGGUGGAGCAUCACUCUUUAUCUUACUGUGACUAGAAUAAAGUGAGCUCGCCCCUUGACAAAGGAUACAUGGAAGCAGUACAAAACCAAGACCAAGUCGUUUUGUUUCAGACUGCCAACAACUUUCACUGACUUUGUUCUGAUGUCCUUGAUCACCCGCGCGGGUCUGUACCGGUAGACCACAUCUAUGUAUUGCAGCCGUGCAGCUUUAUCGAAAAGUCUAUUAAUUAUAUAUGCCUGUAAUGUACAUUGAUGAAGUCAUUAACUUGAUUGGAAAACACCUCUUCUAUAUUUGUGAAGGAGAGAAUUUUUUGUAUAAGAAAAAUGAAUUGUUUUCCUGUCUCUCCUUGUCAUUGUAAAGUAUCAUGAUUGAAGAGAAGGAUAGAUUGUAAUGUUGCGUUUCACGUCGUCGGUGAAACCUUGGUAAAAGAGAUGUUAAUGGGUAGUGCAGAUAUCCGGUGAAGGUACUAAGCUUUUUUUGGAUGAAGACACGACAGGAUACCUUUCUAAUUUUUCAGAUGGCUUUUAUUUUUAAAGCCCUGAAACAUGUGUGCAGAUAUCAUUUCAUAGUAUUUGGGUUUCUUCUACUUUUUGUUCUCUUGUAUGUUUCAUAAUAGGAGUACAUUUGCCAUCAUACCUUGUUAUUCACUGUAAAGUUGUAAAAAGUUUCCAGUAAAAAAAAAACAUGAAAAAAAAAACAACAAGGUGUAGUGACGGCAGAUUUAUUUCUGCAUCCAGCUUUAUCUGGAUCAGCUGUAUCAUUUUUUUGUAAAAUAAUAUUUUAUUUCUUCUGUGUCUGGGUAAUCACAAUUGUUAUAUUAAAUGUUUCACUGCACAAUAGUAGUCACUUGAAUCCCCCUUCAGUUUCCCCCUUUUGAAAUGUUUCGGUGCUCAUUAUUUGUUUUCCGUUGCCUAGUCUCAAUGUACUAUCAACCAUUUCUUUCUCAAGAGGGUAUAUACAUUUUGUCAUCUAUUCUCUCUUUUAUCAUUAACUUUGUGUUUGUUAGGUCAGCAUUGCUAUGUUGUUGCUCAUUUAAACUUUUUCUUGUUCAACAGACGGUGCAAUCUUGUAUUUAAAACACAUGAUUCUAACUUUAGCUCAAAAAUUUGGUGGUAAAUGAUGUUGCUAUCCUGAGUGCAUUGAUAUUCUUCCCUGCCCAUGAAUUCAUAAUAACUGCCAUAGCUCUCACGCUGCUUCUUAUAUCCAGUCUAAAUUUCUCCUGGGUUGGCUGCCAACUGUAAUGCUUACUUGGGAUAGCAACUCACUCCUAAAAUGAGGUCACCAAAGGUCACAACAUGAUAGUCACAUGAUGGCACACAAUAGUCACAUGAUCCAUAAGUUUGGUCACAUGAUCAAAUCUAAAGCCAUAUUGAGUUUCACGAGACAAGUUAACAAAUGUAGAGGCUCAGAAAUAAAGAUUGGAAUUAAUAAUUGUGGUUGACAAACUUUUGCAGAAAUGCUUAGAGUGUUCAAAAUAGAAUACUUUAAAAAUGAAAUUAUUUAAAGAGAGGGGGUAAAGAAAGAGAAGAAUGUCAAAAGUCAAAACCUUGACCUCCUGUUAAUCUACCAUUAUGUUGGAGGAAUAUCUCCUUUCUAAUAAGAAUAAAUAUGAAAUGAGGUAAUUAGGCAGUGUACAUUGUUAGUCCUAAUCAUUAUGAAGUAAUAUAAUGCAGUUUAAUUAAUUUACAUGUCAUUUAGUGAAUAAUCACUUUUUCAUUGACCCUGAUUUUAUAUUUAAAUUAUUUAAAGAUUUCAUCAUGUACCUUAUAAAUGCAGUUUAAUUAAUUUACAUGUCAUCUAGUGCAUAAUGACGUUUUCAUUGACCCUGAUUUUAUAUUUAAAUUAUUCAAAGAUAUGAUCAUGUAUCUUGAGAGAAAGCUCUUUGUCAAUCAUUGAGAAUAAUUCAGCUCGAGUAGUAGCCUUUUCACAUCCCAAAUUAUUGAGUUACAUUGUCCAGUAUUGCUUUCUUUUCAAGUUGUAUUUAUGAUUUCAGUGGUAUAAUUAUUUGUUUAUUUGUCUACUGUUCAAAUUUGGUUGUCAUAUCAGGAGGAAGUUCAUACCAGGGUCUACCCAUUGUCCAGGGGGGCGUUUCACAAAACUUGUCAUCAGUGACAAAUGACAGUUUGUGUUAUAAGCUACUGAAAUCCUUGCUUCUGAUUGGUUAUCAACAGAUUUGUCACUGAUUUUUGUCAUUUGUCAUUGAAAAAAGGCUUUGUGAAACGGGUCCCACGAUUAAAAAAAACAGAGAUUUGAUCCCAUACAAAUCCAAGUUUUUUCCAAAGUCUAUAUUUACCAAAAGGAUGGUAUAAAUCUCUCCUGACAUACUCUGUCUGCUUUCCUAGAAACUCUUCUGAAGACACCAAAAUUGCCAUUAAAAGUAGAAAUAAAAACCCUUUUCCAUUUUUACUUUACGACCCUUAAUAUUCAUGAUCACUGUUCAUUUUCCAAGAGGCCUUUUGCUACAUUCAGAUAAAUCACCAAGUUUGUCACAAGAUGUUAGAUUCAUUGGUACUCAUGAAAUAUGGGACUGAAAUUGUUGAAACUAUUGCUCCAAUUUAAUAACAUAAAAACUACCCUCUCUUUGCCUUGCUUUGCAAUGUUUUUUUUAAAUUUAUUUUUUAAAGAUUAAUGCUCAAAAUUUGCAAUUUAUCUCAUUAAUUUUGAUACAAUCAUCUCAUGAAAUUGACAAAUCACAUUCCAUAUGAUAUGUCCAUGCAUUUAGUGCAUAAUGAUUUCACUUAUGUCUUUUUUUUUUGCUUAGCAGAAAUUUAAGGGAAAAAAAUGAAAAUGACUAUUUAUGAGAUCGAUUUUGUUUAAUUAAUGUUAUUGUUCAUAAGUGUUAUAUUGUUUUUUUCAAUGUGAUAACACUAUAAGUUAUAAUUGAUUUUGCUUUUACUCAAUUUUAUUUGGGAUAAGCCUGAUAGUAUUAUGAUUGUACAGACAUGUAUUUCUUAGAGGGAAACAAAAAGUGCAGUUUUCUAAAUCUCGAGGGUCCAUCAUAAUAAUGCUCCGUUCUCUCUUCUUUUUAUUACCUUUUUCUUUUUUCUUUUUUGCUGCAAAGGUGAAAGGGGAAAGGAACCUCCAGUAGUUAGUAGCUACAUUGAUUAAUAAGUGUAGAUUAUGACAUGAGUGAUUUUUUGCUAAGAUGCUUGUGUAUGUAUUACAACUGUAAAUGUUGUAGAUUAUUGUUUCAUUUAGAUGAUGAAUGACUUACGAUGAGAAAUUUCUUCUGUCUCCCUAUCUCAUUAAGAGAGAGAGAUACAGAUAGAGGAGACAGAUGAUGUCGAUUUGGAAUAUAUUUUGUGACUCUAACCCGAGAAGGGGUUAACUUAUUUAUGACCAGGUAAAUGAAGAGAUAGGCACACUCUAAAUCAAGGUUUCGGGAAUUUUGUUCUUGCUCUGUCCUGUAACUUUUGUAGAAAUGUGCUUUCUUCUUAUGUGUUGUUAAAUGCUCUUCUUUUUAUCUCCUUCAUUGUGUUUUAAGUUUUAAAACAUGUUAGAUGCUUCUUCUCUCUUGCUAUCUUGGAUUAUGACACUUUCAAGCAAUGAAGAAUAAGCCAUGUUGGCUGGUACAGAAAGGAAAAGGCCAUUUUUAUAUCAUUAUUGAUAAAUGAUCUCAUACUGGUGAAUGAAUGGCCAAGCAAUUUUGAUUUUUAUGUUUUUAACAUGGUAGUAAUCUGUAGAAUCUAGUAGAUAUUUUUGUAGAUGAUUAAUUUUUUUAUUUCUCUCUGUCUCUCUAUACGAGGAAUAACCAUAUUAUUUGUGCUUUCCAUUGUCGAAUUCACCCCUCAUAUCUUUCAGAUAAAAGAUGGCCAGAUCUUUCAAUUCAAAUCAUGUAAUGUCCAUAUCAUUCAGAUAUUUACACAAUUAGCAUCCAUGCGAAAGGGGAAUAAGAUUCUGAAAAAGCUGUCAUCAAAUUCCUUUUUAUGAAAAACAAUGAAUUUGUGCAAAGAUAAAAUCUCUUAGGUGUAAAGCACUUGAUGUGAAGCAGGUUAUCUAAGUAAUCGAUCCAUAUUGUCUUUAAAAUGGUUACUCAAAAGCAAUUGCCAAAUAUUUAGAACAUCUCAGAUUAUCACUGUCAAGAGAAAAGAGGUUAGUUUACCAAGUAAAGUAAAGGGUGAGUUAUUAAUUUCCUUUCAAAAUAAUUGUAAUACUUUCUGCAUUUUCUCCAUCACAUUGCAUCGAUAAGCAACGUACAUGUAGACAAUUUAAUUGGCCUGGACCACAUCAAGGCUCAGUACUUAAAAACUACUGCAUACACACAGAACAAUAACUGGUCCGCCAUUUGUUUUGAAACAAUGUUUUUAAAAUCAUUACCAUCAAAAAUGUGUCUGGAUUUGAAACUUCCAUUUUACAAAAAGAUUGGCCCCAACUUCUGUGAGCCUGUAUUCUACCCCAACUAUUAUUCCUCCUGUAAAUUUUAAAUAAUAUUUCAUGAUUUCCUUUUUUUUAAAUCUUAUUUUUGUUAGUCUUUUAAGAAGAAUCUGUCUGUUUGGUAUCAACCCAGCAUCUUUCAAAUGUAUAUAUGCUUCUCGUUUAGGAAAUAAAUGUGCCAUCUCUUUUUACCUACCCUGAA